GAGCACGGUGCGGGCAGAGUGAGCUGCGUGUCGUACUGGGGGGUCGGAGGGAGCUGUGUUCGGGCGAUGCAUAUCGCCACGUCCCUGGAGUCCAGGAAAUAGGAGAGCCUGCAGAAAGCAAAGGCGCUUCUCUCGCCUCGGAGCCGCGCUCGUCCGCCCAAGGAGCUGGCAUUCAGGGCAAAAGGCUGCAGCGGUUGCAACACGCCGAGCCUUUCCGGUGGCAAGCAGAGCAGCGGUGGGAAGAGGAGGUAGGGGACGAGGCGCGGGGCGCUCGCUGCCCCUGGACUCGGCCAUGUCGUCCGCGGCGGUGGCGGUGGCCGCUGCCUCCCGCAGGCAGUCCUGCUACUUGUGCGAUCUACCUCGCAUGCCCUGGGCCAUGAUCUGGGAUUUCACCGAGCCGGUCUGCAGGGGCUGCGUCAACUACGAAGGGGCCGACCGGGUGGAGUUCGUCAUCGACACGGCUCGGCAGCUCAAGCGGGCGCACAGUUUCCAGGAAGGCCGGGCUCCUCCACCUCCGCACACGAAGCAACAGCCUCCGCCGCUCAGCACCAAAGAAAUGCACUCUGCAGCGGUGGCCACGGCUGAGGCGGCGUCUCGCGCCCCGCCGCAGCCCCAUGAGCGCUACUCCCUGGCUGCGGCACUGGCGUCCUCCGAGCGGCCGCCUCCCCGCCUAGGACCCGAGUACGGCGGCGGGAGCAGGCAGGUCAAUGGCAUCCUUGUCCCCAACGGUUUCUCCAAGCCGGAGGAGCCGCCUGAACUGAACCGUCAGAGUCCCAACCCGCGCCGGACGCACGCGGUGGCCCCCACUUUGGUGCCGCUCAUGAACGGAGCCUCCCUGCCUGCCUCCAUCAGCAUCAACAGCCGGGCGGCGGCGGCUGCAGCAGCCUCCUUGGCGGCUAUCUCCGGAGCGCCGCCGACCCCGCUGCAGGUCUCGGUCUCCCAAGCGCAGCAGAGCCAGCAGCAACCCGGGGAAGGGGGCGGGCACAAGCGGCCCGGCUCGGUGUCUUCCUCGUCGUCGGGGAGCGGUGGCGGCGGCGCCAGCGACCAGGAGGGCAAGGACAAGGGGCAGCCGCAGGCGGCGCGGGGCUCGGCGGACCCGCUGGACCAACUCGGCGUGGAGAGCAAAAACCGGGGGGUAGCGGCGGGCUCGGAGCAAGAGUGGCUGGGCAAGCCCAAGACUGUGCGUGACACCCUGCUGGCCUUGCAGCACAGUGGCCACGCGGCGCCCUUCGAAAGCAAGUUCAAAAAGGAGCCCGGCAUGGCGGGAGGGAGGCUACUGGCCUACGACAGCAACGGGGCCGCGGCCAAAUCAGGGGCACGGGCUGCAAGGAAGAGAAAGGCUUCUCCAGAGCCAGAAGGCGAAGCUGGACCUCCGAAAAUCAAUGGCGAGGCACAGUCAUGGUUACCCACCUCAUCAGAAGGGAUGAAAAUACCCAUGGCAGCUGCAUCUUUCAUGUCCCCACCGCCCCCAACUGCUUCGCCUCAUUCUAAUCGGACCACACCACCGGAGGCAGUCCAGAAUGGUCAGUCCCCUAUGGCUGCGCUAAUUUUGGCUGCAGACAAUGCUGGGGGCAACCAUGCUUCCAAAGAUGCCAACCAGGUUCACUCCACCACCAGGAGGAAUAGCAGCAGCCCCCCUUCUCCAUCCCCUAUGAACCAAAGAAGGCUGGCCAGGGAAGUGUCAAGCCAAGGGGCAAAUCCUGGAGGGAUGGAACCGGUGCACCCUGUCAGCCUCCCAGACUCUUCUCUGGCAGCAAGUGUCCCCCUCUGCUGCACUCUGUGUCAUGAGCGUUUGGAAGACACCCACUUCGUGCAGUGCCCCUCCGUUCCAUCUCAUAAGUUUUGCUUCCCUUGCUCCAGACAGAGCAUCAAGCAGCAAGGAGCUAAUGGGGAGGUGUAUUGUCCCAGUGGGGAGAAGUGCCCCCUAGUGGGUUCCAAUGUCCCUUGGGCCUUCAUGCAGGGGGAGAUUGCAACCAUUCUUGCAGGAGAUGUCAAAGUGAAAAAAGAGAGGGACUCGUGACUUUCCCCGUUUUUCAAUGCAACAUCGACUUAAACAUAAAACUGCUUGAACUGUAUAUACCUAUAAAUACUAUAAAUAUCUAUAUAUAUAUUAUAUUAUAUAUAUAUAUAUAUAUCUAUAUAUAUAUAUAUCCAAGACAAGGGAAAUGUAGACUUCAUAAAACAUGGCUGUAUAAUUUUGAUUUCUUUUUUUGAAUACAUUGUGUUUCUAUAUUUUUUGAAGACAAAAGGUAUGUACUUAUAAAAGCUCUUUUUUGUUGUUAUAGCAACUAUUUGUUGUGCUUCCUUGGUGACAGUUACUGUUCAGUGUAGGCUGUGACUUGCGCUGCUUUUUUUAGAGAGCACUUGGCAAACCAGAAAUGCUUCUAGCUGUAAUUGUAUGCACUUGGUUUUUUCCCUUUUUUUAAAAAUGCCAAAUACAUCUUUUGACAUUGUAAAGAUUGCCUUAUUGUCUGUGGUUCCUUUUUUUUUUUUUUUCCCUUAUUCAUGCUGGAGGCAUUUUAGGUUUUAGAGAUAAUAUGGCAUUAAAGAGUUCAUAGGAUUCAAGCGAGGUUGCUAUUCAGUUCAGUCCAGUCCAAAGACAAGCGAAGCAUUAGGGGUUUGUGUGGAAACAUUAUUCCUUCGUUGCUGCUGCAAAAAAUGGCCAGAUUCUUAGAGCAUUUUUGCUUGUAGAAGGAAGUUGUUUGCAGACUAUUCAGCUAAAAGUGAGGUACUAUUGUGUUAGACAUUGGGGAGUUUGUUUUUUGUUAAAAGCAAAAUGACCACAGUUCUAAUGGUUGGUAUAAGAUUGCAAAACUUUUUGCCAUGAAUUGUGUAAGGUUCCUGCGAAAUUUUUGUGAUAAGCUUAAUUAUUGACUAGCUGUGCAUUGGUGCAGAAAGAAUAGCACUGCCGUCUUUUUAACAAAUUCACAACUUUUCAGCACCACUGAACAUUGCUAUGCCCUUCAUACUUGUAUGAGGUAGGUUUUAGGAUUUUUUCAAUAGUGCAAAAGGACUUCCUUCUUAACACUUAAAUGGUUAGUCCUGUUGCUAUUGUUAUUGUUGCUGAUGUCACCUAAUAGAGUAGAGCAAAAGCAGAGUGGUAAUGACAGCAACAGAGGAGGUUUUGCCUGGCUUGUCUGCAUUGUCAGCAGAGAGAUUAAUAGGGAUUUCUGUCUGAAAUUUCCUAAUCCACGUGUUGGAGGCAAAACAACCAAAUCGCAUUUAAAGGAAACAACCUAGGAUUUAAAUCUCCUUGAGUUUUUAUGUAGGCAUCCCAUGCCUUCUGGACUACCUUCAAUCAUUCUUUAGCCUAACUAGCAUUUUGAUCAUGCUUCUUUUUGUGUCAGAAGGCAGACAUUUUAAAUGAAUAAACAUCAGUUGCUAGAAAUAGUCAAGACUGGCUGUAGUGUUGCUGUGCUGUUCACAAUUGUGUUAGCAACAUUGCUGUACAACCACUUGCAUUAAUUAUUGGUGACCACCUAGCAUAUGGUCAUAAAUGAUUAUUUCAAACAGCAAUAUGCCCCUCAUGUUCUUAGCACGUAACAAUAUACUCUCUUUAGCUACAUUUAAUCAUAUUUUAUACUGUUGGGUCAGGCUGUUCUUAGGUGUUCAUUUUCAGUCUUCUAUUUAAUGCAGAAUAGAUUUUGAUAGGGUUCUUUCUUAGUGGUCAAUGCAUUUGAAAACCUAACCUGCCCACAUGCAGUUCUUUCUUCUUGAAACAUUUUAAUAAGCACACCCACUAGCAUUGUGUUCCGUAUUACAGGUCAGUGUAAUAUUAAAUAACAAGAUUUGCAUGAUAAACCAAUUCAAUAUUUCUUGAAAUUAUAGAAAUACAUAUAGAUCAGACUGGUGUCUUAUGUAAACACAUGUUUAGAAAGUUUGAGAUGGGAAAACGCACAUAUAUACAACUGUAAAGGAUUCUUUGGAACCACUAUAAUAUGUGGAAAUAAGAAUUUAGGCACUUUAUUAAAAAUUGGAUUUUGAAUUGAUAGAGGAUAAGUUCUUAAGAAUCUUUUUGACAUAAUACCUCAUGUAUUCAACCAAUUUGUAUAAGCAAUUUGCAUUCUACGUUAAAAGAAAUACCCCUACUAAAAUUUUCCUGGAAAGUUCACUGGGAUGUCUUGGCAUGUAGUUCAGAUUUGAGCUUCUUAAUCUGAGAUGGGAUGACAGUAACUUCUUUCUUGAUAAUGGCAUUCAAGCAUGACGGAGUAUUGAGAGGCAUUUGAUUCAAAUCCUUAGUUACAGUCUCCAUAUUGUAGCUCAGUGAUAUCACUGUAUGUUCUUUAAAGUAGUUCAAUGAAUGGGAAGUUUAAACCUUGCCGUAACACAUGAUCACAGCUGGAACAGAUUUCAACACUAUCUGUUCAGCCAAUUUUUUCCACACCUCUGUUAAGGUGACCAGUUCUAAUACACUUUAUAAAUUUAUACUACAGAAAUGACAUAAACUACGAUACUAAUUUUUAAUGCAUUUCUGUGAUUUCAAUUGGGUUAACGUAAUUUUGUUUGUUUUUUUUAAAUCAGUUUAUGACAUCAGUAGAUAACUAUAUAUCUACGCAUAUACCAUAUGCUUCCCUGGCUACAAAGUUUUUUCAAGUGCUUUAGCUGCAACAAUACUACAGUUACUAUUCAAUAAAACAAAACUUGAUUCCAUUGCAGCUAAUGUGAACUUAAUUGCUUAUUUCAAUGGAGUCAGAUGUUGCACCCUUACAUUUUUUCCAGUUUUUAAUGGUGAUAAUUUGUAUAGCAAUAAAGCAAAAUGUUGUUUAAUGAAGAGUGUGAUUGUCACAAUCUCACCUUCAUUAUAUUAAGUUACCGUUAUUAAAAUACCACCUGCACUAUGCUUUCAUUGUUUAUAGUUGCUGAACUAACACAUUACUAUUUUUUCCUAUUUUUUUUUUAUCUUUUGCAUUAAAUAAAGUGAAAUCAGGCAUUUAAA